AUGGCGCCGAAACCACAAGGAGAGAAAGAUGCAGCCACAGGUUCGUCGUCUGAUGCCAGUUCAGCAGCCGCCUGUGGUCAUGUACCAGCAGGCUCCGAUGGCUCCGAUUACGCUGCAAGUACAGCAAAUGCCACAGAUGAUGUCAAUGCCCAUCGCUCAGCCGGUGCCCUCUCAAUUGCGAACGGUGGAGCUCGUACCACAAAUGGCGCCCAGAGUAGUCAACCCGUCCUCGCCACCACCGGAGUACAUCACGAGUCCCACCAUGCAGCCAUCCAGGAAGGCCAGGCAUCAAGCCAAGCUGGUGCUAGCGGGACCGACCAAGAAGCAGAUCAGUCUGGACAGACAGCGAGAAGCAUACGUCAGAAAGACGCAAGCGAAGGCGAUGAAGAGGAAGUCAUGAGUGCUGGCUUUUGCGGUGUGACUCCGAGAAACACCUGGUGGUCGAGCGAAGAAGAAUGGCGCCAGCGGAGUCGUUCUUCUGGAGACAAUGAGGAGGAAGGUGAGGCAGCGUGCAAAGUCAACAGUUCAGUCAGCCGGCCGGUGACUUACUACACCAGUAACUACUACCGGGAGCCCAAAGAGCUAUCAUCGGUUUACGGAAGUGCUUCAGCUUCGGGCGGGCCAUCAAAGCAGAAGAAAUCUGCUCACUUUGACGACGCACACCUCGAGACUGAGCCAAAAGUACGGCGCUGGCAAACUGACAGCUUACCAUCAGCCCGCGAGAGUGUUGCGAGGAACAAGCGACGACUGACUGCGCCGCCAAAGACUGUGCCGCGAGCAUAUAGCGGUAGUGAAGAUGAUCUAUUCGUAACGUCAGCUUAG